AUUUAUGGGCCAAGAAUUGACUUUGCUGUUAGUUAGGCCUUGGUAUUUAGACGUUGACAGUCGUGUAUGUGUUUUCGUAUUGGUGCCUUAAUGUGACAGUUCCAGAAAAUGGCCAAGAAAAAAGAAAUAAAAACGAUGAUACGCAAGGAAGGAGAUUUCAUCCCUCCAGACGGCGGUUGGGGAUGGAUGAUCGUCAUCGCCGCUGGAUUUUCUAAUCUCGCUGCACUCCCAACACUGCAGCAAUUCGGGCUGUUGUUUCGGGACAAGUUCACUCGGCUCGGCAUCACCAGCUCGGAGACAACCACCAUCAUCAACAUGAACUCUGCUCUGACGUCUUGCGUCGGAUUGGCAAAUGGUCCAGUAUUCAAGACGUUCAGCUACCGUCAAGUGUCUCUCACUGGGGCUAUUGUGGUGUUCGUCGCUCUACUUUGCACAACAUUCUCUUACAAUUUCGCUACUUACCUGAUAUCAUUUUCUAUUCUUUAUGGUGCGGGUUAUGGAAUCAGUAGCUCCGCAAAUGCUCUAGCCUUAAAUACGUAUUGGAAGAAACGAAGAAGGUUAGCAACCGGCCUAUCCUGGACUACGACAGGUCUUGGGCCAAUAAUAUGGCCUCAGAUUAUUACUGUUCUUUUCGCGUACUUUGGCGAAACUGGAACCAUUUUAAUUCUAAGUGGAUUUGCCCUCCAUGCUAUUGCAUGUGCCCUACUGCUUCAACCUGUGGAAUGGCAUUCAAAAGAUGAUACACAUGAUGAAGAAAAACUCCUCAAACCAGAAAUAAAAGAAGAUCUUACAAAUGACAAAAAGAAAGAAAGUGGAUAUUUUAGUCAAGUAUCAAAACUAAAGAAUCUAAGUGCAUUUUCAAGUCAGUACCUUUACAAUGAAGAUGAUCCAAUCACACCAGGAUAUGAAAUAACAGAUCCAGGUAUACCCAUGAUGUUGCGAGCCAACGACGGGUAUUUUAGUCAGUCUAGACAAUCAAGAAGUAGGCUGUCAUCACGGGAGGGAUCCAAUCGCGGAUCACGACUUCCUUCUAAGAAACCUUCCAUGACAAACCUUUUAGAAAAUCGUUCUCGUAAAUCAUCCACGUUGUACUUAAACGAAUCUAAGAAAAACUCAUACGCCAACCUCGGCGUUCUAACCCAAGAUCGCGAAACAUUUAAACCAAAACGUAAGAAGUCUAUUACCGAAAUACAGAUUCCUGAAUCUGAAAUUGAAGACUGUCCAACGCUAAAAGCACCGCAAGAUUUAAAAGCUGAAGAAAAAGCUGUGGUCGAAAAUAUUGAUCCUGAAAAAGUAAAGUCUAUACUCGAUGAGGCCGAAAAACAAGUAGCUGACAGCAAAAGUAUCAAAAAAUUUAAACUUGAUCCACAAUAUGGAGAAAAGUACAACAAAGAUAAUCAUAGUAAUGUUUCUUAUAAAAAUCUCGAUGAUAUUGAAGACAAGAAAUAUCAGAAAGAUAACCACAGCAAUCAGUCAUAUCGAACAAAACAAAGGCGUAAAUCAAACAAUUUCAAUUAUGAGAGUGAAGUAUUGAAACAAGCCUCGCUGAAGUUAGAGCAGUAUUUAAAAGAAAAUGAAGAUAAAGAUCAGAAAUUGAAAUUGUUAAUAAGUUCUGACUUAGAUGAUGACGUGUUUGAGGAAAAUCCGGGUAAAAAACCAGGUGAUGAUGACGAUGACGAGAAAGAAGACAAACUUACUUUCUGCGAAAAAGUGGCCAUGUUUUUUGAUUUAGAUCUGCUGCAAGACUUUACUUUUAUUAAUUUAAUGUUGGGUAUAACUUUAGCCAACUUUAAUGAACUAAACUUCUCUAUAUUGACACCUUUUAUACUGGGUGACUAUGGCAUGACGAAGCAGCAGGUUGCUUUCUUCAUGUCUCUGCUGGCGGGAGUCGACAUUUGUGUCAGAUUCUGCAUACCUUUUGUUGCUGGAAAAAUUGGAUGGGAUAACAGCUCCUUCUUCUUAUUUGGCGUUAUAUCUAUGGCAAUGGGAAGAGUAGUGCUAGCCUACUGUCAAACAUACAGCGUAGUUUUACUGGUGGCAGUAAUCAUAGGAUUCGGGAAGGGUCUGCGGACAGUCUUUAUGGCCCUGGUCAUCCCCACACACGUGCCGCUGCAGAAACUGCCCGGGGCCACGGGGAUACAACUGCUCACUGCCGGCGUCGCGUAUCUUGCACUCGGCCCUGUUGUUGGUUGGAUCAAAGACAACGCAUCAACAGCUUUAACUCUACACUGCCUGAACAUCUUCACGUGGUUGACCGCUCUAUCUUGGGGCUUGGAGAAAUACAUAACAGCUAGGAGACGAACCAAAUCCGACGAAAAACUCGUUAAAGCAUAAUUUAUUAAAAAUAUACUCUUAAUUUUAGUACUUAAUUCGUAUUGCCGUUUACAUAAACAUUAUGUAGGCACCUACUUUUUAAGAUAGCCUUUUGUUUCAUAAGUUAUGUGAUAUUUUAUAAUUAUAUUUAUAUUUAAGUGAUAAAA